AUGGGCACACGGGGGGACGUGCAGCCUUUCUGCGCCCUGGGCCAGACCCUCAAGAAACGCGGCUGGAGCGUCACGAUGGCCGCGCCCGCGGAGUUCCAAGAGUUCGUGGGCAGCUUUGAAGGCCUGGAGUUUGCGGACAUCGGUCGUUCGGUGCAGAAGGAGGUGAUGGAGACACCCGAGGGCAUGGCCAUGCGUACCGCCGGCUCGCUCAAGGUCUUCUCCGCCGCCCGCGCCUUCUUCAACGAGGGCCUCCUCGGCUCAUGGUUCCAGAGCGUGCUGGCGCUGUGCCAGUACCUGCAGCCCACGGUGCUGGUCCUCAGCUCAUUCGUCCAACUGUGCGGCGCAGGCCUCAUCCCCGACCUGCUGGGCCUUCGGACGCGGGUGCUGCUGGUGCACACCAUCCCCAUGGACCUCACCUCCGAGUUCGCCUGCCCGACGGCGGGGUGGGGCCUGGGCGCGCGCCGCGGCCUGGGCUGCCUCAACUCCCUGUCCUGGGUGGCGGGGCAGAAGCUGGUGGUGGAGCGCAUCUACCUCCCCGUCGCCCAGCGCCUGGCCGACGCCGCGGCCGCACGCCUGCACGUGCCCGCCCUGCGCCUGGACGCGCGGUUUGGGUGCGAGGGGCGCACCACGCUCUACGUCUACUCCCCCUCCGUCCUGCCCAAGCCUGCGGACUGGGGGCCCCAGCUCCACGUCGUCGGCGCCGUGUUUGCGCCCGCGCACUUCACCAUCCGCCCCGACGUCGCCGCGCGCCUGGCUCGCAAGCAGAGCGUGGCCGUGUCGCGGCGCGCGACGCUCAAGCGCGCCGCCGACCCGCAGGCCGGCGGCGCCGCCCCCGGGGCCGCGCUCAGCCGCGCGCUCAGCAUCCCCACGCCCGCGGAGAUGGCGGGGGAGGGCCCCUCCGACGAGGACAGCCCGGGGUCGGGCCGCGGCAUUACCACCGCCGUCGCGCGCGUGACUGGCCAUGGCAACAGCGACGCACUGGCCGGCGCGGGGGCCAGCUCCUCCUCGCUGGCCUCCUCCACGCUGCCCUCGCCGGCGCUGGAGGCGCUGGACCCCGGCACCGGCCUGCCCCUGGGUCUGCAGCGCUACCUGGACGACGCGGCGGCGGCCCGAGUGCCCGUGGUCUACUUUGGCCUGGGGUCCAUGCUGGCCACCGCCUUUGACGGCGACCGCAUCGAGGAGAUCCUGGGCCAGGUCAAGGUCACCGUCUGCCAGCUGGCGCGGUCGGGGACGCCGCUGCGCGCGCCCGUGGAUCACGGCACGCUGCUGCCGCAGUGCGCGCUGGCGGUGCACCACGGGGGCGCGGGGACGCUGCACUCGGUGCUGCUGGCGGGGAAGCCCAGCAUCGCCAUCCCCUGCAUCCCCAUGACUGACCAGCGCUUCUGGGCGGAGCUGCUCAUCCGCCACCGCGUCGCGCCGGGGCCCCUGCUCCAGAUCAGCGCCUUCUCCGCGGCCCGCCUGAACAAGCUGCUGGUCAAGGCGUUGGGGAACCUGGAGGAGUACACCGCUAACGCCGAGCGGCUGGCACGGCGUAUCUAUGCCGAGGACGGGGCCGGGCGCGCCGCAGACCUCAUCGAGGCUGAGAUCAGCUGA